GGACCUGAAAUUGAAAACAGACGCACGCGCCCACCCUCCCUGCCCCCCCUUCCCCCGGCCAGGCCAAUCAGAGGCCGCCCUGACAGUGGGCGGGGGGCAGGGAAGCCCACAGUGGUGUGAGCUCCUGGGGCUGCCAGAGGCCUGCAGUCCCUGCCCGCCCUCUCUGGGACCCGGGACAGCUCUGGGAGCUGCUUGGAGCCAGGGAGGAGGAAAGAGUCCGCCAAGCCCCUGAGGCCAGCCUGGCCCCAGCAGCCCGUGCCUUGCCCGCCCAGCCAGCCAGCCAGCCAGACCCAGGACGGCCUCUCCUGGCAGCCCUGCUCCUCCCUGAGGAUGCUUGGGGUGUAAGGGCUUCACCCAGAGCUCUUCCCCUGCAGCCCCCCAGCCCCACCACUCCCCCGAGUCUUCAGGAGCCUGCCAGGGCCCCCUCCUUGUCCCUCCACGCUUCUGCUGUGCUGCGCAUUGUGGGUCCAACAGCCUUUCUGAUAACCAAGGAACAGGCAAGAAGGAGGACUUCCUGGAAGGGGUGACAGUCCAGAGCCCGGGACAGUGCCCACAGCAGAACCCUUGACAGCAAGGACACCAUGUGGCUUCCGGCUGUGAUGCCAGCUCCGGGGCUCAAAGGCCAGUCGCUGCUGCUGUCCCUGCUAUUACUGCUGGGACUUCAGGCCUCCCAGGGCUUGGUCAUCAUUCCUCCAGGGCCGGAGCUGGUCCUUAACAUCUCCAGCACCUUCACGCUGACCUGCUCGGGUUCUGCUCCAGUGGUGUGGGAACGUAUGUCCCAGGAGCCCUGGCAGGAAGUGACUGUGAAUGAGGACGGCACCUUCUCCAGCAUGCUGACCCUGGUCAACGUCACUGGGGUGGACACGGGCGAGUACUUCUGCACUUACAAUGGCUCCCAGGGGCUAGACCCCAGCGAGCGGAAGCGGCUCUACGUCUUUGUGCCAGAUCCCACCAUGAGCUUCCUCCCCACGGAACCCGAGGAGCUGUUCAUUUUCCUCACAGAGGUGACCGAGACCACCAUUCCGUGCCGAGUGACGGACCCACGGCUUGUGGUGACGCUGCACGAGAAGAAGGAGGACGUCCCACUGCCCAUCCCCUAUGACCACCAGCGUGGCUUCUCAGGCACCUUUGAGGACAAGACCUACGUCUGCAAGACCACCGUCGGGGGCAGGGAAGUGGACUCGGAUGCCUACUAUGUUUACAGCCUGCAGGUGUCAUCCAUAAAUGUCUCGGUGAAUGCGGUGCAGACUGUGGUCCGCCAGGGUGAGAACAUCACCAUCAUGUGCAUUGUGACCGGCAACGAGGUGGUUAACUUUGAGUGGCGGUACCCCCGCCAGGAGAGUGGGCGGCUAGUGGAGCCAGUGACUGACUUCCUGUUUGAUGUACCCUCCCACAUCCGCUCCAUUCUGCACAUCCCCAAUGCUGAGACGGGCGACUCGGGCACCUACGUGUGCAACGUAUCAGAGAGCGUGAACGACCACCGGGAUGAAAAGGCCAUCAAUGUCACUGUGGUUGAGAGUGGCUAUGUGCGGCUGCUGGGAGAGCUGGGCGCGCUGCAAUUCGCUGACCUGCACCGGAGCCGUACACUGCAGGUGGUAUUCGAGGCCUACCCUCCGCCCACUGUCCUGUGGUUCAAGGACAACCGCACCCUGGGCGACUCCAGUGCCGGCGAGAUUGCCCUAUCCACACGCAAUGUGUCGGAGACCCGGUAUGUGUCAGAGCUGACACUGGUGCGGGUGAAGGUGGCAGAGGCCGGCAAAUACACCAUGCGUGCUUUCCACGAGGACGCCGAGGCCCAGCUCUCCUUCCAACUGCAGGUCAAUGUCCCUGUGCGUGUGCUGGAGCUGAGUGAGAGCCAUCCCGCCAGUGGGGAGCAGGUAGUCCGCUGUCGCGGCCGAGGCAUGCCUCAGCCAAACGUUACCUGGUUCACCUGCAGAGACCUCAAAAGGUGCCCCUCUGAGCUGCCGCCCACACCGCUGGGAAACCGCUCAGAGGAUGAGAGCCAGCUGGAGACCAACGUGACGUACUGGGUGGAAGAGCAGGAGUUUGAGGUGGUGAGCACGCUGCGCCUGCGCCAGGUGGACCAGCCCCUGUCUGUGCGCUGCAUGCUGCGCAAUCUGAGGGACUACGACAGCAAGGAGGUCACCGUGGUGCCACACUCUCUGCCCUUCAAAGUGGUGGUGAUCUCGGCCAUCCUGGCCUUGGUGGUGCUCACGAUCGUCUCCCUCAUCAUCCUCAUCAUGAUCUGGCAGAAGAAGCCACGCUAUGAGAUCCGGUGGAAAGUGAUUGAGUCUGUGAGCUCUGAUGGCCACGAGUACAUCUAUGUGGAUCCCAUGCAGCUGCCCUAUGACUCCACGUGGGAGCUGCCGAGGGACCAGCUUGUGCUUGGACGCACCCUCGGCUCUGGGGCCUUCGGGCAGGUCGUGGAAGCCACGGCUCACGGCCUGAGUCAUUCGCAGGCCACCAUGAAGGUGGCCGUGAAGAUGCUGAAAUCCACAGCCCGGAGCAGUGAAAAGCAAGCCCUCAUGUCGGAGCUGAAGAUCAUGAGUCACCUUGGGCCUCACCUGAAUGUGGUCAACCUGCUGGGGGCCUGCACCAAAGGAGGCCCCAUCUACAUCAUCACCGAGUACUGCCGCUACGGCGACCUGGUGGACUACCUGCACCGGAACAAGCACACUUUCCUGCAGCACCACUCUGACAAGCGCCGCCCACCCAGCGCCGAGCUCUACAGCAAUGCCCUGCCCAUUGGCCUGCGCCUGCCCAGUCAUGUGUCGUUGACGGGUGAGAGUGACGGUGGCUACAUGGACAUGAGUAAGGAUGAGUCGGUGGACUACGUGCCCAUGCUGGACAUGAAAGGAGACGUCAAAUACGCAGACAUCGAAUCUUCCAACUACAUGGCCCCUUAUGAUAACUACGUCCCCUCUGCCCCCGAGAGGACCUACCGGGCAACUUUGAUCAAUGAGUCCCCUGUGCUCAGCUACACGGACCUUGUGGGCUUCAGCUACCAGGUGGCCAAUGGCAUGGAGUUCCUGGCCUCUAAGAAUUGCGUCCACCGAGACCUGGCAGCCAGGAACGUGCUCAUCUGUGAGGGCAAGCUAGUCAAGAUCUGUGACUUUGGCCUGGCUCGAGACAUCAUGCGGGACUCGAACUACAUCUCCAAAGGCAGCACCUUCCUGCCUCUGAAAUGGAUGGCCCCAGAGAGCAUCUUCAACAGCCUCUACACCACGCUGAGUGACGUGUGGUCCUUUGGGAUCCUCCUCUGGGAGAUCUUCACCCUGGGUGGCACGCCGUACCCAGAACUGCCGAUGAACGAACAGUUCUACAACGCCAUCAAGCGGGGCUACCGUAUGGCCCAGCCUGCACAUGCCUCUGAUGAGAUCUAUGAGAUCAUGCAGAAGUGCUGGGAAGAGAAGUUUGAGAUCCGGCCCCCUUUCUCCCAGCUGGUGCUGCUUCUCGAGAGACUGCUAGGCGAGGGUUACAAAAAGAAGUACCAGCAAGUGGAUGAGGAGUUUCUUAGGAGCGACCACCCAGCUAUCCUCAGGUCUCAGGCUCGCUUGCCUGGGUUCCAUGGCCUUCGGUCCCCCCUGGACACCAGCUCUGUCCUCUACACGGCUGUGCAGCCCAACGAGAGUGACAACGACUACAUCAUCCCCCUGCCAGACCCCAAACCCGAGGUUGCUGAUGAGGGUCCCCUGGAGGGCUCCCCCAGUCUUGCCAGCUCCACCCUGAAUGAAGUCAACACAUCUUCUACCAUCUCCUGCGACAGCCCCCUGGAGCCCCAAGAAGAAGCAGAGGCUGAGCCACAGCUGGAGUCCUGCGUGGAGUCUGAGCCCAAAGUGGAACAGCUGCUGGAUUCUGGCUGCUUCGGGAUGCAGGCUGAAGUGGAGGACAGCUUCCUGUGAGGGGGCCGGCCCCCAACUCUGGCCAGCCUGGAGCACCCCCUUCUGCCUCCCAGCACUCAGUAGCACCUGCUGGCCUGGCCUGGCUCAGCUGGGCCUCCUACCUAGCAGGUGCCUGCCUCCAAGCUGGUCUCCUUUGGGAGGCUCUGCCCUUGACAUGCUGUGCCCUAGACCCUGGGGCUGGCUUGGGAGGCAAGAGAACUGGUAUAUGGGGAGGAGGCGGGGUAUGACCAACCCUCUGCCUCUGGGGAGGCCACGGGGACUCUAUUUCCCCACCUGGGUGACAGCAGAAUCAGGCGUGAUGACCCACCAUCUGGGCCUGUCUUUGUGGAGGGCAGGUAGGGAGGUGGGAAUUCCUGUGGUAGAUGAGGCACAGAGCCCACUUGUUUGGUCCCACUAACUGGCCCAUAUGGGGCAGCAGCCAUUUCCUUGCACUUUGAUCCACCCCAACUGGGAAGGACCACCUGCCCUCCCUCCCAUUACAGCAUCACCUCCUGGCUGAGGAGCUGGGGCCUGCCUUGUACAAAUGGUACUCCCCUUCCCUAUCAGCAGACCCCUCUCCAGGUCCAAGCUGGUCUGGGGCCUUCUGAGCUUAAUGAAAGCUGUUGAUUAACUCUGGGGACUGGGCCAAGGACAGGAGCCCCUGGCCCACAGCCCCUACCCAAGGGCAUUUGGGAUGUACUUGGCCAUGUCUUACCUUUUGGGGACUUUUCCUUGUCAGCUUCGGUCUUGAUAUAACCUCCAGAGACUUCAGGGCCUGAUGGCCCCAAGACUGCGGUGUGUGUUGUUGGUAAGCCAGCAUGAAGCACUACAUACAUGUAUCAACAUGUGGCCCUGCAAUGAGGCCAUGGAGGAAUCCCUGGCUUUCCCUGGACCUUGCAAAAUGAGCAAGUUGGACUCAUUAAUUCCAAGUGCCCUGCUGGUGCUAACAUUCCAGAAUGUUCCAAGGGAUGCUCCUUGUCCAGAGGAAGCAAGGUCAAUUGUCUCAGCUCUCCAUCCUGUGGGGUCAGCAGGGCCCUGGGGAGAUCCCAGAUCACACUUCACCCUCGAAGGGUUCAGGAACACUACCGCUUACCCACCUCUCCCACACCCCACCUAUCCGUGCUAGUCCCAGCAACACAGCUACCCAGGCCUUGACUUGGAGUGGGAGCCAGGGUGCUAGAAAGCCCCUGGUGGCUUCCCAGGGGGGCAUGGCAAGACCCUUCUCAGCACCCGCAGUGACCUUUGAAGUUAUCCUGGGCAAAGGGGCCUGGAAGACGUGUCAGAUGACCUGGUGGGGCCCAUCACCCCGGCACCUGCUGUCCAAGUCUGAGCCACAGAUAGGCUCAACAGUGAGGGUGAUUAGUCCCUGAAGGACCAGGAAGCCUCAAGUAGGUGCCAUGAAUAGGUGUGUGCGUUGGGUACUUUGGGCAUUGCCCUGUCACUUGCCAGAGGCAGCACUGUCCCCAAUCCCAAUGGGCAUUAGACAUGCUAUGUGAGUCCUGGCUACGGCCAAUACCCUGGCAGGGGAAGGGGAUGGGGGUGGGGACAGCUUGACCCUGGUGGGUGCCAGCCCCUUGCACCAGCUGGCAUCCGUUGCCCCAGAACCUCCUAAGCCUGGCCUAAGAAGGAGGAGAGUUCUCACUACGGUACCAAAGAUAUACUCACCUAGGUUUACAAGUAUUGGUAGGACUCACAGUAACUCACAUUUAUACAGCAGAAGUGCUAUUUUCUAUGCUAAGUUUUCCUAUCUGUAUACUUUUUUUAAGGGAAACAUUUUAAUAUUAAACCUGGUGCUUUUCACUUUG